AUGGAAGAGUUUUUGAGAAAACCCGAGAUCAUAAGAGUUACAAGAGAUCUUCCACCAGCUCACUAUAUAUUCAGCAUAGACUCAUUCUCUUUGUUAGUUGACACAGGGAUCAACAAAUAUGAAUCCCAUGCAUUUGGCGUCGACAAUUAUAAAUGGAGGCUGUCACUGUACCCAAAUGGCAACAAGAAUAGCAAUGGCGAGGGCUUCAUCUCCCUUUACUUACAAAUUGAUGGGACUGAAAAUUUUCCUCCUACUUGGGAAGUAAAUGUUAACUUUAGGUUUUUCAUACAUGAUCAAAUUCGUGAUAAAUACUUGACUAUCGAAGAAACUGAUGGGGUGAUCAAGCGAUACUACCGGAUGAAAACGGAAUGGGGCAUUGCGCAAUUGGUGUGUUUGGAUCACUUCAAGGAAGCUUCAAAUGGGUACUUGGUAGACGAUUGUUGCACAUUUGGGGUCGAAAUAUUUGUAAUUAAACAGACAGGAAGGUUGGAACGUGUUUCAAUGGUGAAGAACCCUCCCAACAAUACAAUUACUUUCCAACUCCAUAACUACUCUAAAUCAUUCUCUGAGUACUAUACCUCUAAUGUUCAAACUAUUGGGGACUCAAAAUGGGAAUUGAGAGUUUACCCUAGAGGAAAUGGAACGUGGAAGAAUAUAUCACUUUCUGUGUUUUUGUGGUUGAUUGAGGGUUACAAGCUUCCAUCUCAAGGAAAAGUGUAUGCAAAAUACAAGUUUAGGGUCAAAGACCGUUACAAUGCCGCUAACACCAGGGAAUUUAUAGGUGCAAAUUGGUUUACUGCUUCAGCUUAUGGAUAUGGUUUUCAAUCCGUCAUGGCACUGAGUGAUCUGCAAGAUAGAUCAAAAGGCUACCUCGUUAAUGAUACUUUGAUGGUGGAAGCAGAGAUUAUUGUUGUUUCUAAAGUCAAACUUUUCUUAUAG